AUGCCCGCCGCCGGGCUGCGUUCCAAUCUGGUCACGGAGUGGGACCUGGUGUGUGCCGCACGUUGGAAGGUGCCCCUGGAGCAAACCACGCACCUGCUGGGCUGGGCGCUGGGCAGCAUCGCUGCAGGCAUGGCCUGCGACAGGUUUGGCCGCCGUCCCACCUUCCUGGUGUCCGUGGGGCUGGCGGUGCCACUGGGGCUCAGCGUGGCGUUGGCCAUCGACUUUGUCAUGGUGCUGGUGGCACGGCUGCUCUUUGGGGCUGCGCUGGCCGGAGCCUUCCUAUCCCUCUACGUGGCACGGCUGGAGCUGUGUGACCCCCCGCACCGGCUGGAGGUGACGAUGAUCGCCGGCUUCUCCUGGCUGGCGGGAGAACUGCUGCUGCCGGGGCUGGCGGUGCUGUGCCGGGACUGGCGGGUGCUGCAGGGCGCCGUGACGGCCGUGCUGGCGCUGCUGGCAGCGUGUUGGUGGUGCCCGGCGCUGCUGCUCGAGUCCCCGCGCUGGCUGUUGGCCACGCAGCAGCUGGAACGGGCCAGGAAGACGCUGCGGGCGCUGGCGGGGAGCGGCGGAUGCGGGGCCGAGGAGCGGAGCAGCACCAUGGCGGAGCUGGAGGCGCUGGCAGAGCAGUGCCCGCAGCCCCACUACCACAGCGUGUGCGAGAUCUUCGGCACCAGGGUCAUCUGGAAGAACGCCGUCAUCCUCGGCUUCACCGCGUUCAUCGGCUCCGGCAUCCGGCACUGCUUCACCCGCAAUCUGGCCCCGCACCUCCCGCGUUUCCUGCCCGCGUACUUCGCGCUGCGGGGCCCCGAAGCGGCCGCGUGCCUUUUCCUCUGCGUCACCGCGGAGCGCUGCGGGCGUCGCGCUGUGCUGCUGCUGUGCACUGUGCUGACCGGCACCGCCUCGCUGCUGCUGCUGGCGCUCACACAGUACCUCCUGGAGCUCAUCGUGCUGAUGCUUUCCGUGCUGGGGGUCACCGCCUCGCACGCCGUCACCAUGCUCAGCAUCUUCUUCGCCAGCGAGGUGCUGCCCACCGUGGUCAGAGGCGCGGGGCUGGGCCUGGUUGUGGGGGCCAACCUGGUGGGCUCCGCGGCCGCCCCCAUCGCCGCCGUCGCCAGCAGCCGCGGGUUCUUCCUGCACCACCUGGUGUUCGCCUCCUUCGCCAUCCUGGCGGUGCUCAGCAUCAUGCUGCUGCCCGAGAGCCAGGGCCGCCGCCUGCCCCAUUCCCUGCAGGAGGGCGAGAACCAGCGCCGGCCCCCCCUCUUCCGCCGUCCCCCCCGCGAGGACCACCUCCCCCUGCUCGCCCCCCGCGGCAUCCCCCACGACUAUUCCCGCAUCGUCCCCUCUGCCCAAAGGGCGCUGGGAUCGGGCCGCGGCCCUGCGAGUCCCCCUACCCAGACGUAG